GAGGGAAGAAACCACGCUUAGCUGGCUUCCUGAGAAUCCUCUAGACAGGGUCUGGAGCCGUUCCUGAGUAGUGCGGGUGGGAGCUCUGGUCCACCCUGCCCCCAAGCCCUGACCUUCUGGUCCCCAAGCCUUUGCUGCUCUGUCCAGCCAGAGGGAGAGAAGGCCACGGGCCAUCCUGGGCUGAGAUGUACAUCCCCAGGCCACAUCGGUUCCCCAAAGACGCUGAAGGGCCCGUUUAAGGGUCCUGGGGCCACCACUAUCACAGAGUAGCCACAGUACCCAAGGGUACCUCCUGCCCCAGGGGGUGUGCAUAGGGCAUGGGCUGACCACAGGGACCUGAGCGCACGCCAUGCGGGGCUUGCUCCCAGUGGGACGGUGGCAGGAUGGAGUAUGGCCCAGGACCAAAGGCUCAUGGUCCUCGCCCUGGAGAAGCUCACAGCCCAAGCCUCCUUUACCCUCACGUUUUCAAUUAGAUGGGAGGGCGGCAGGACCACCUCCUUCCCUGGGGCUUUAGUCCCUGCGCCUACGAGGUCUCCCUCACAUACCACCUUCCUGGGAAGCCCCGAGAAAGAACUGGACAGAAGGGCUUCCACAUGCAGGGCUGCUGCCCAACUCUAAACGCUGCCCACAACCGUACAUUCGGGUGGAUGCAGGUUCCCACCACCCGUCGGUGCUGCCCGGCGCUCUCCAUCCACCUGGCUGACGGAGCUUUACCCAGUUCACGAGAUUUCUGGCCAGAGGCGGAAGACUCAGUUCGGGGAGGGGGAGCAGGGAGCACCAGGCUUGCACGGCUUUUUGGAAAAGCCGACCAGAAAGCAGUGUCAAAGGACCCAGAGCGGGGGUGGGUGGGGGUGGGGAUCGGUGGUCGUUCGCAGGCAGCCGACGCCCACGCUCUAGAGCGGCGUCAGAUGCAAGAGGAUCUGGAGGUGGUUCUGCCUCGACAGCUCCCCCCACGGAGCCCUCCGGCGCCUCUACGCUCUAAAGGACCCUGGAUAAGUCCCUCAAAGCGUUCGCAGCCUUCCGCCGCCUGCCCGAGCGCUACGGCUUGCAGCGAACUGCGCACGCGCGCUGAGCUCAGGGAAAGCCCCGCCUUCGGCCCGCCUCUGCCUACCCCUUCCCGCCCUCUGGGGCGGAGCUAAGUGCGGCUUCCGGCGGAAGCCCGGAACCAAGCGGAAAACCUUACCUACUAGCUCGGGGCUGGGUGGUGCUACUUCCUCCUCCGUCGCGCAGCGGUUUCCGAGGCUCCUGCGCCUCAGAAUUUCACGCCCGUCUCCUACAAGGUCCCGAUACCGCGCCUCAGCCCAAUUACAGCUGCAAAUUACCGCAGGACCCGAGGCCGGGAGACGGACCUGCGUCCUGCCCUGGCCCGCCCUUGCCCGGCGAGGCCCUGUGAGGUUCUCGCACGCCGUUCCGGCCUCAUCAGCCACACUCCCCUGCCCGUACCCCCAUGGACCCUCUUCCACCCCGACCAUGGCCCAGAAGCAGAAGGUAGACCCCCACGUAGGGCGGCUGGGAUACCUGCAGGCGCUGGUCACGGAGUUCCAGGAGACAGAGAGCCAAGACGCCAAGGAGCAGGUCCUCGCCAACCUCGCCAACUUCGCCUAUGACCCCAGCAACUACCAGUAUCUGCGACAGCUGCAGGUCCUGGACUUGUUCCUCGAUUCGCUGUCGGAGGAGAACGAGACCCUGGUGGAGUUUGCUAUCGGAGGCCUCUGCAACCUGUGCGCGGACCCGGCCAACCGGGAGCACAUCCUGCAGGCGGGGGGCGUCCCGCUCAUCACCAACUGCCUGUCCAGCCCCGAUGAGGAGACCGUGCUGUCCGCCGUCACCGCGCUCAUGUACCUGAGCUCGCCGGGCUCCGCCGCCCACCCCGACCUGACGGCGCUGCCCGUGGUCCAGUGCAUGCUGCGCUUCUCUCUCUCGGCCAACACGAGGCUCCGGAACCUGGCACAGAUCUUCCUGGAAGACUUCUGCUCCCCCAGCCAGGUGGCUGAAGCGCGCCGCCGGCCGGCCCACUCCGCCCUGGGCAUCCCCCUGCCGAGGGCCGAGGCCCCACAGCAGUCCUGAUGCAGGGAGGCCCCGAGACCCUGGUGCCCUUACUGCCGGAGACGAGCCACAUCCCGUGGGGCUCGGGAAGUGGGGCCGGUGGCUCCCAGUGAGCCCUUUCUCCCCACAUGGUGCCGUUUUAAAGGUGAGUUUCCUCAGCCUGACGGGUGUUUACACCGUGAUGAAAGGCGUCAGGAGCUGAGCUGAGGACAGACACACUGAGACACACGAGAAGGAAAUCCAGAGCAGUGCAUUUCACGGGCGGCACGCUCACCAAGGGGGACAGAGGCCCCGCCCCCUGCCCCGCCCCACUGGCCGGCUCUCACCCUCGGGUAGAAGCCGCAAGCGCUCCCUCCGCCCAGAGGCCUCUGCAGAAGGCCGUUCUCCUGAGAGCAGCUGGGCCAGGGCUCGGGAGCAUUGCCCGAGCUUGAGGAAGGAGGUGUGGUCCUUAACGGGAGUGUCUGGGGCAAUGCUGCGGAGCGGGAAUGAGCAGCCUCAUUAUUAAAACCACCGGGAGGCUGGGUGCCUGGCCCAGGACUAACCAGUUAUCCACACGGGCCCGUCUGCCAGGCACCUUGGGAGGGCGUCACAGGCGAGCAAGCAAGUGGUCCCUGCUCCCAAGCCAUACAGCCCCGCGACUGUUCCCGUGGCAUCAGGCGUUCAGGCCAAGGCCCCGCAGGUGAUGACAUCAGAACACGGGCGCAAACUCCCGGAACAGCGUCUUCUCCCCCACGCAGGCCCCGCCUCCACCAUCAGGGUUAAGUCAAGGGGAGUCCCUGCCCCUGAAAGUGCGUCUCCGGCUUGAGGGCUUCAGGGAUACGGGGAAGAGGGGUGCUCAGGAGACAGAGGGCCAGGCCCUGACACCGUCUGUGGCUUGCAGUCCACAGUACACGCUGAUCAGCGCCAGGGAAGGGGCGAGGGACAGCCAUGGGAGGCUAGGGUUCAGCAGUAGUGGGGAGCCCUGGUCCCCUGCACCCCCUUAAGACUGACCUCCUACCUGACCAAGGAAAGGCGUCCGGGGGUGUGGAGGUGGCGGGACCCAGGGCCCCUGGAGACAGGAAGGGGGAGGCCUCUUACGCCAGCCUCCAAUCCAGCUGCAGCCCUUGGGCUCCUGCCCCUUUCCUUUCCCAAAUAAAGGGUCUGAAAAGA